CGCAGCGAGGAGGUGUAUUCGGCUGUUCUGCUGUCCGCCGCAGUCGCCGGGCUGCGCCGCCUGAGCCGGGACGCCGCGCUUCCCCGCUCCUCGCCGCCUCCACUCCCGCGGCCGGCGUCCACCUCACCGUCCACACGCACACCAUGACGAAGAAAGACAAGAAGUCCUUCAACCAGAGCCUGGCCGAGUGGAAGCUCUUCAUCUAUAACCCGACCACCAGAGAGUUCCUAGGGCGCACCGCCAAGAGUUGGGGUUUGAUCUUGCUCUUCUACCUAGUCUUCUAUGGGUUCUUGGCUGCGCUCUUCUCAUUCACAAUGUGGGCCAUGCUUCAGACACUGAAUGAUGAAGUCCCAAAAUAUCGUGAUCAGAUUCCCACUCCAGGACUUAUGGUUUUUCCAAAACCAGUGACUGCGUUGGAAUAUUCAUUCAGUUUGUCUGAUUCAAGAUCCUAUGAAGGAUAUGUUAGAGAUCUUGACAAUUUCCUAAAGUCAUACGAUUUGGAAGAACAGAAGAAUCUCACAGCCUGUCCUGACGGAGCACUUUUUGAACAGAAGGGCCCUGUUUAUAGUGCGUGUCAGUUUCCUCGUCAUUUACUUAAAGAAUGCAGUGGCCAGAACGAUACUGAAUAUGGCUAUUCCAGAGGAAGCCCUUGUAUUCUCGUGAAAAUGAACAGAAUAAUUGGAUUGAAACCUAAAGGACAACCAAGGAUAACGUGUACUCCAAAGGAUGAACGCGCAGCACUUAUAACAACUUACCCUUCAGGUGGACAUAUAGACUUGAAAUACUUUCCGUAUUAUGGGAAAAAACUGCAUGUGGGGUAUCGACAGCCAGUAGUUGCUGUCCAGGCAUCCUUUAAUCUUAACAAUACCAGGAAAGAAGCGACAUUUGACUGCAUAAUUGACGGAUCACCCAACCUAAAAAACAAGGAUGAUCGUGACAAGUUUUUGGGACGAGUUACAUUCAAAAUCACAGUGAAUGCAUAGUAAGAGUAGGAUAUCUCUACAGAGUACAUGUUGUGUUGUCUGUCUUCAUUUCGUAUCAGCUGGACCGGCCAUUCUAGAAUUAUGAGACCACCUUGGAGAAAGGUGGAUGGUACGUGACACUGGGUAACAUCAUAACGUGCUUCCAGAGCCUAAUGUUCAAUGCCCUCCGAAGUAACUGCCUGUUGCCUGACUGCUGCCGUUUGAACCAGUGUACGGGCGCCAACUUAGGGAUGGUAAAUACCUGACUGAGAUCAUGUACAGCGGGGGUCUUGGCCUGUUUUUAUGUGGUUUAAUUGCCAAGUGUCUAAAGCUUAAUGUGUAAAUAUUUUACGGAUUUAACACUGGUUAACUGUCAUAUUUUGACCCCAACACAAUUUUAGGGAUAAAAUGAUAAAAGAAUAAAUGGUACCUGACCAACAACAAGUGACUUGAUAGCUGCGAUAAGUGUGGUGUGUGGAGACCUCUAAAGUGUGUGUGAGAAGGAAAAGAAAUAAAGUGGAUUUGAAAGUGUAAUCUUGGAUUUUGCAAAAUUAUUUUUACAUGCUGAAUUUAGUCUGUGGAUCUUUUUGAAUAAGAACACAAACUUUUUAAUGUAAAACAUGUUAAAAAAAAAAAAAAUACUGAUGGAUAAUUUU